AUGAGGUUGAGUCUUGCUGCCGUUUACGCUGGUGCGCUCUCGUUGCCUGCAGCAUUUGCUGUCUCCAUCUCCGAGAUCAAUGGCAACAAGUUCCUCUCGCCAUAUAUCGGCCAAGCGGUAACUCAAGUCACCGGUCUCAUCACCGCCAAAGGACCCGAUGGUCUCUGGCUUCGGUCUACGACACCGGACAACGAUAAGACCACCUCCGAUUCAAUCUAUGUCUUCGGCAGGACCAUUCUUGCAAACCGCACAGUAGGAGACAUCAUCACACUGGAUGGCAGAGUCACAGAAUUCCGGUCCUCAUCCGGGUUCCUCUACUUAACUCAGAUAAGCAGUUCUUCGAAUGUCGUAACCGUAUCAACCGGCAAUGAAGUCACGCCUUUGGUACUCGGGAAGGGCAAGCUAAAUCCCCCCACCGGGCAGUAUACCUCCCUGGAUACCGGCAACAUCUUCGGAGUACCGAACAAUGUCAGCUUGGUCUCCAGAGUAAACCCAAUCUUAGAGCCCGAAAAGUACGGCCUGGACUUCUGGGAGAGCCUUAUAGGAGAGCUGGUGACCAUCGAGAAACCGAGGGCUGUUGCCAAGCCCAACAACUUCCGUGAUACGUGGGUCGUAGGAAAGUGGAAGACCAGCGGAGAUAAUAAGAGGGGCGGCCUGACAAUGACUGACAGAGAUGCCAACCCAGAAGCCAUUCUCAUCGGAACACCCUUGGACGGCACUAGGAACCCCACUAACACGAAGCUGGGUGAUGGUCUGGCGGACAUCACUGGCAUCGUCUACCAGGCAUUUGGAUUUUACCGCAUCUUGCCCCUCACAGCCCUACAAAUUACCGAUUCAGCCAGGCCGGAGCUACCACCUGCCACUGAACUCAGGUACAAGGGUGAUUGCAAGAGCGUUACGUUCGGGGUAUACAACGUUGAAAAUCUGGAACCAAACUCGGUUCAUCUGCCUGCGAUUGCUGCCCAUAUUACCAACUAUCUUGGCAGCCCCUCCGUUAUCUUCUUGCAGGAGAUUCAAGACAACAACGGCGCAACGAACGAUGCUAUCGUCGACGCAAAUCUGACGCUCUCAACCCUCGUCACGGAGAUAUCCAAGCUCUCCUCAGUCCCAUACUCAUUCGUAGACAUCGACCCAGUAGACGACCGUGACGGCGGCCAGCCAGGCGGCAACAUCCGCGUCGCCUACCUCUACGACACCUCAGUUGUGCGUCUGCACAACCCGAACCCAGGCUUCAGCACCGAUGCCAAUGAAGUCCUUCUCGGCCCCAAGUUGAAGUACAAUCCAGGAAGAAUUGACCCGCAGAACACUGCCGCAUGGACCGCGAGCCGCAAACCGCUAGCUGCGGCGUUCGAGACUCUGGAUGGCAAGAACCUCUUCUUUACCGUAAAUGUUCACUUCGGCAGCAAAGGCGGGAGCUCCUCGCUGCAUGGCGACGCGCGGCCGCCCGUUAAUGGUGGGGUGAACGAUAGGCAGCGACAGGCUGAAGUCACUGCAUCCUUUAUCGCAUCUAUUCUCGAACAGGACGCCAACGCCAAAGUAAUUGCCGCAGGCGACUUCAACGAGUUCGCCUUCGUCGCCCCGCUCGAGACCUUCGUCGCCAAGUCCGGUCUGCGCGAUCUUGACGAGGUGGCCGGCAUCAAGGAGACGGAACGCUACACGUAUCUCUUCGACAUGAACAGCCAGCAGCUCGAUCACAUGUAUAUCAGCCCCGCGCUGACCAAGGGUGCGGAGUUCGAGCACGUCCAUGUGAAUACAUGGGCUACGACGGAUGCCCCGAGUGAUCACGAUCCGAGUGUUGCGAGGUUGAAUGUUUGUGGGAAAUAG